AGAGAGAGAGAGAGAGAGCUAGGAAGGCAAAACACGCACUACGCCGAACAAAAGACGAAAUCACCAGGCAGCGUCCACGGCGUUUGUGACAUAACCUGUGUCUUUUUCCCUCCCCACUUGCAGCUGAAGCUUUGACGUGGUAAAAUGGGUCCUGUACUGGCUUACUGGGACAUCCGUGGGCUUGCCCAGCCCAUCCGUCUCCUUCUGGAAUACACAGGGACAGAGUUUGAGGACAAGUAUUACAAGUGUGGCCCAGCUCCUGACUACGACAAGUCUUGCUGGUUCGACAUCAAGGAAACACUUGGAUUUGAUUUCCCCAAUCUUCCCUAUUACAUCGAUGGGGACAUCAAGGUAACACAGAGCAAUGCCAUCAUGCGUUACAUUGCUCGCAAACACGACCUUUGUGGUAAGACAGAGGAGGAGAAAAUCCGUGUUGACAUCCUGGAGAACCAAGCCAUGGACUUCCGCAAUGGUUUUGUUCGCUUCUGCUACAUGACAUAUGACACGGCCAAGGAUUCCUAUCUGCAGGCCCUGUCAAAGACCAUCGAGAGGUUCUCAAAGUUUUUAGGGACACGCAGUUGGUUCGCAGGUGAUGAUAUCACCUUUGUGGACUUUAUCAUGUAUGAAUUACUGGACCAACACCUGCAGCUGGACAAGGACUGCCUCAAGGAUGCCCAGAACCUGCAAGAUUACCAGAAGCGCUUCGAGGAGCUGACACCCAUCAAGAAGUACAUGGCCUCCCCGCGGUUCAUAAAGGCUCCUAUUAACAACAAGAUGGCAAAGUUUGGCAACAAGUAGAGAGGAUGUCAUGUGGAAGAAAACAAAGUUAAUGGUCAUUAACUUGUGCUUUUCUUACUUAUGGCCUGAGCAUUUUAUCUUGAGCAUUUAGGUGUUCUUUCUGGGAUUUUCCCAGCCUGUGAUGCUACCAGACUUUCUACUGGGGAAAUUAUUGGAUUAGAGCCUAAGUGUUAAUGAUAACCUCUCUCUCUCUCUCUCUCUCUCUCUCUCUCUCUCUCUCUCUCUCUCUCUCUCUCUCUCUCUCUCUCUCUCUCUCUCUCUCUCUCUCUCUCUCUCUCUCUCUCUCUCUCUCUCUCUCUCUCUCUCUCUCUCUCUCUCUCUUCAUCCUCUUCCUCUUCAUGUGCAGCUCAAGAGGAAGCGACUGAUAGAUUGACAGGGUCAGUCUGAAAGUGUGACCUUACUGAGUUACUCAUAUAGAUGAGACAACGCCUGGGAGAAACAUUGCCAAGUAUUGUGGUGUUUGGAAAAAAAACAAUGAACAUUUAUUGCAUUAACUUGUCCUUUUAGAGCAUUACAGUGUAUAUAUGAUAAAAAUCCAUUUAUUUUGGAGUAGUAAGUACCUGACAUAGGGUGUGUCUUGGUAGAAGUGUGACGGUGCCAUAGGCCAGGUAAUCCCCAGAAAGGACAAUGCCCAAACACAUGCUCAGGAUAAAAUGGUCAGACCAUAGUUUGUCUAUUGUUUCUUUCAUUUCCUUGUUUCUUAUGAUUACUGAGUGAUGCUUAGCCAGCCAUCCUAAAGAAUAUUGUGAUCAGCUAAUGAUAUAAAGGCCUCAUUUUGUGAAACAUUAUUUGCCAACAGAAUCUGCCCACCUUAGAUAUGUUAAGCACUAAAAAACAGUGCAAAUGAGAGCAAUUCCUUCAUUACUUCUUACACUUAUACAUUGUUUAAGAUUUCCUAGAGUAACAUAGAUGGUAUGUCACUUAUAAUUAUCUGUCGAAAUACAUUGUCUCGCCAUGAACAAAAUAUUUCCUUUGUAGCUUUACAAUGGUACUUUUCCCUUACUUGGCAGCUAAGAAAAGUGAUACACCAUUGAUCACUUGUCGUCUAAUAAGAUACAUUAAUUACUUGGCAUCCAUCUAAUAGAAUAACAUUAAUUACUUGGUUUGUAAUUGGAUAACAUUAAUUACUUAUCAUCUAAUAGGAUAAAAUCAACUACUUGGCAUCAAAUAGGAUAAUAUUAAUUACUUAGCAUCUAAUAAGAUAACAUUAAUUACUCAGCAUAUAAUACGAUAACAUUAAUUAUUUGGCAUUCAAUUGGGUAACAUAAAUUAUUUAGCAUCCAAUAGGACAAUAAUUAUUUGGUGUAUACUAGGAGAAUGCAAAAUAUAGCACUAAUAAUACAUUGUGCCUGUAAUGUGGGGAGACACACCACUCUGCAUGCUGGUGUGGGUUCUUCAGAUUUCACACUGACAGCUUCAUAAGUACAAACAACAAUGCAUUCAGGCUUUUAUCCCCUCCCAUAAGUGCAGCUUCAGACUUCCUCACAGCUUCUUGAGAUUGUGAUUUUCUGAGAUUAUAAUAAGUUGAUUCUUUUGUAAGAAUGUUACUAGAGUGAAUUUGAACAUUUUCAUAGGAACUGAUUUAAUAAUGUUUUGAUCUCAUAUAUUAUUGGUAACUGAAAGCUUGAAGAGUGUUUAUGAAUAAUGAUUUUGUCAGUUAUAUUAAUUCAGUGAUUUUGACUGGUAGGUCAAUUAUUAUGUUUUCCUGAUUUAAGUAUUCGUCAGUUUGAGGGCAUUUCAUAAUAGAAUAAGCAUUUUUUGGUGUUAGUCUUUGUAAGAGAGAACCAUGUGAUGGCAAGAUGUGAAAUAUUUAAUGAAGAUUAAAUGGUAUGAAAUAUGAUCAAAUGAAUGUUAGUAUUUUAUAUAAGUGGUGUUAUGCUGAAAUGUUUGUUGAAGUAAUAUUACCUCCAUUAGAUUGUCAUGGAGGGUGUAAAAUACGUGAAAAUGAAUGAUGGUUAACUAUAUCAUAGAAAGAUGUGAUGUUUAUGAUCAAAUUGAUAUUACUGCUGUAUGCAUGCAUGUCUGAUGCUAUGUUGAUACUUCCUCAGGAAGUGAACAACAGUGGUAAUCAUAGUGUGUGAUAAUAUAUUGCUCAAGUUUUGCACUGUUCUCACUAAGACAUUAAAUAAUUGCAUAUGUUGUGCAUUCUGACUGUUACCUAAGUUUAGCAGAAUAAGGAAAUGUGAUUGACAAUUAAUAAAUUUCCAAAAACCCAAA